GGAACUGUCUCUUUGAAGCAUAACCGCUCGGGGACCCGAAUGCGGUGCCCAUGAUGUUGAGGUCACGGCUUCCGGCCACGGCGACCGACAAGACGUCAUCCCCGUCUCGCGCAGAAGCUUGGGCAAGCUCAACCGUGCACCACCUCCCCCAACAAAAUAACGCGAUGACCCGGUCGGUAUAGCAUCCUCGCCCUCACUCUUACAAUCUUCGCCAUCGCCGUCUAUCGCUCGCCAUGUCGCUCAACGCAGAGCCCUCGCAGCCCGACGAGCGCGCCGCACAGGACCUCCCGCCCAAGUCGUAUGCCGCUGCGGCCGAACAAGCCGUCGAGGAGCAAUCGCAUGAAAGUCAGGCAGAUAGCACCAAGGAGCGCGUUUCGAAGAAUGUGCAGAAUAUGAAGGCCAAUGGCAAGAUCAGGAUACCCUCAGAGGAAGACAAAGAGCUGUACGAGGGCGAGGGCGUAGACAGCAGUCCCAAGAGCCCUGCGCGAGCCCAUCGCCGGAAAACGUCGCUCAAGUCGAAUGGGUCCAUUGGCAAGAAGCAUGGUGAGCGCGUCCAGAGCGACGUGUACGAGAAGCACGCCGACAGCAAUGGCCAGCCCUUGACGAGCGUGAAGCCCUCGGACGACUACGAGAAGGACAUCCGGACAGAUCGAAAGCCGAUGCGCAGGAACUCGGAGCUCAAGUCUGGGCGACAGGCGGGCGCGGGUUGGCAUAGGAGCAAAAUCCGAUACGCGCCUCUCAAUGUCCCUCUACAGCGCCGGCUCCAGACCCUCGCCGUUCUCAUGCAUACGCUCAGCAUCGCCGGUCUCGUCUCCAUCUUCUUCUUCCUGUGCACCAUACCUAUACUCUGGCCGAUCUUGCUCCCAUAUACCCUCUACGUCCUCUUCUCGAAUGCCGGCACUUCCGGCGAGCUCUCCUUCCGCAGCGAGUGGUGCCGGAGAUCCAAAGUCUGGUCGCUGUUCGCGUCCUACUUCCCUGCACGCCUCCACCGUUCACAGGAGCUAGAACCUACGCGAAAAUACAUCUUCGGUUACCACCCGCAUGGCAUCAUUUCUCACGGAGCCUUCGCUGCGUUCGCGACCGAAGCUUUGGGUUUCUCGCAGCUGUUUCCGGGUAUCACAAAUACACUCUUGACAUUGGACGGCAACUUCAAGUUACCUCUGUACCGCGAGUAUGCGCUUCGCAUGGGCCUCGCGUCUGUCUCGCGCGACUCAUGCGAGAAUAUCCUGUCGAAAGGUGGAAAGAACGGGGAGGGAAUGGGCCGCGCUAUCACCAUCGUCGUCGGCGGUGCCCGCGAAUCGCUCGACGCCCAGCCCGGCACCAUGCGCCUCGUGGUCCGCCGUCGACAAGGCUUCGUUAAACUAGCCAUACGCAUGGGGGCCGACCUUGUGCCCGUCCUCGGCUUCGGCGAAAAUGAAAUCUACGAGCAGCUCAACCCGCGUGCGCACCCCUACAUCCACAAGUUGCAAUUGUUCGUGAAGAAGAUGGCGGGCUGGACAAUUCCUCUUUUCCACGCGCGAGGCAUCUUCAACUACGACGUCGGCAUGAUGCCCUAUCGUCGACCCAUGAACAUCGUCGUUGGCCGACCCAUUCGCGUCAUCCAGAACAAGCAUCCCGACAAGGAUUAUGUUCAGCAGGUGCAUGAGGAGUACAUCAAGGAGCUCUUGCGCUUAUGGAAUGAUUUCAAGGAUACCUUCGCCAAGCAGAGAACGGAGGAGCUGAAGAUUAUUGAGUGAUCGAAGCUGGUUUGCCGUUGCACGUCUGGGGGGCUUUUGUACGCUAUUGUUAUGCUUUUGUACUUGUUAACGGUUUUUUGUUACGUACGGUCUGGUGGGAACGGGUCGGGUACAAAUGGUUGGUCUAGGUGGUUGGCUCACGUAUAGCUCCCACUGAAAAUACUGGGAUUAUUGGAGCAUAGCAUGGGUUUUAAGGGAAAUAGGAAUUGCAUUACUGGCUGAAA